AUGGCAACUGUACUCCCCCCACCAAGCAAGAGGCAGCGGACCGAUGCCGCCGAGAGAUCAAGACAGCAACAAGAUAUUGAGCAGGUUCCAAGCGAUGCGGGGAGCCUGCGACUACAGUUCUUCGAUGAGACGACAGGAUUACCCAUCGGUGACGGCCCAGUCUUGGUUCCAGUCGCAGAUGCGACCCCCAAAAACUUGGAACUACUCCUGAACACAUUACAAGGACAUGACUCCUCAGAAUAUAUACCGUAUCGCUUUACCCUCCCUGUACCCGACAAGAAGACGUCCGAGACGAUUACCACCGCAUUCCCGACGAACGUAUACAAGACAUUAAUAACCCCAGGUCUGAUCAGCACAGAAGAAGUUCAAAAUAUAUCAGCAGCACCGCAGGCUGUAUUCAGAGUACAAGCGGUCUCGAGGUGUGCGUCGUCAAUACCGGGUCAUGGAGAAGCAAUCCUCGCAACUCAAUUCUCACCGAGAUCUUCAGCUCGAAUGGUUUCAGGAAGUGGAGAUUCGACGGCAAGAAUCUGGGACUGCGAUACAGGCACGCCGGUGCAUACAUUAACCGGAAGCCGAAGUUGGAUCCUUGCGGUCAGCUGGUCGCCAGAUAAUGAGACCAUUGCAACUGGCAGUAUGGACAAUACUGUCAGGUUAUUCAAUUCGAAGUCGGGGGCUCCGUUAGGAGGCCCUAUGAAGGGCCAUUUGAAAUGGGUGACUAGUCUGGCGUGGGAGCCAUAUCACGCCCAAAAGCCUGGAGAGCCCCGACUGGCCUCCGCCUCAAAAGAUACUACGGUCAGGGUAUGGUCUGUAAAUCAACAAACGAUUGAAAUGGUGUUGAGUGGCCAUAAAGGAUCCGUCUCGUGUGUCAAAUGGGGAGGUACGGGUUUGAUAUAUACAGCCUCUCACGAUAAGACUGUGAAGUCCUGGAACGCUAAGGAUGGUACUCUUGCGCAAACCUUCAAUGCCCAUGCCCACUGGGUGAACCAUCUUGCCCUAUCUACCGACUUUGUUAUUCGAACGGGUUUCCAUGACCACACUGGUAAAAUACCGGAUUCCGACGAGGGUAAACUUGCCAAGGCCAAGGAAAGAUUUUUAAAAGCCGCGACAAUACAGGGUGAGGUUGUGGAGAAAUUGGUUUCUGCUAGCGACGAUUUUACGAUGUUUUUAUGGGAUCCUUCGAAGGGAACCAAACCCAUCGCAAGGAUGCUGGGUCAUCAAAAGCAGGUGAACCAUGUCACGUUCUCCCCGGAUGCAUUGCUUAUCGCAAGCUGUUCUUUUGAUAAUCAUACAAAACUCUGGAAUGCUCGAGAUGGGAAGUUCAUCAAUACCUUAAGAGGACAUGUUGCGCCCGUGUAUCAAUGUGCGUUUAGUCCAGACUCACGCCUCUUAGUAACCGGCAGCAAAGAUUGUACUUUGAAAGUUUGGGAUAUGCAAACUCAUAAAUUGGCUGCAGAUUUGCCUGGUCACAAAGAUGAGGUGUACGCCGUGGAUUGGAGUCCAGAUGGACAGAAGGUUGGAAGUGGCGGUAAGGACAAAGCUGUACGCAUUUGGAGGCAUUGA